AUGAGGUAGAAUUUGCACAAUAUUAACGGUUUUAAUCUAUCUAGAAAUAGCUUAAACUCUAGUUUUUAAGGUAGUAAUGGAGCUUUUAACUUCAUUAACUUACCAAAGCUAAGAGAGAGUAACUAAUAAAUACAAAAUAGUUAAUACUUCCUCAAUUUAAACUCCUAGAAUUCUUAAUUUAGCACAUAAAAUAUUCAAACAUCUAAUAUAAUUAGCUGCAUUCAUGAUGGGCAUGAAGGCAACCCUCUAAAUUUAGUUUGCAUAGAUGAAAAAUGUUUGAAGAAGGGAGUUAUUUGUACAUUGUGUAUGCAUUUUGAGCAUCAAAAACAUGAGACUGUGCCUCUUUAGAUUUUUCUAUCUCAAUUUAAGGAAUAGCUCAGAUUAUUAAUAUUACAAAAUUAAGUUGACGAAAAUGGAAAUAACUAAAUAGAUAUUAUGCUUGAGCAAGUUAUGUAAGUGUAGAAUGAUAUAAUUGAAUCGUUAAAGAUUUUUAGCUAAAAAACAUAUGAAGCGAUUUAAAAGACGAAAGAUUAUUUAUACUAAAUAUUCUUGCAAGAAAUACAUGGUUAUUAAACAUUUGAUAUGAAAGUUGCUGAUCUCACAGAAACAAUAAAAAUGUAUGAAAAUAAUAAUAUCAAAAAUGCAAAUCAUCACACUGAAUUAAUUUAUAAAAUGGUACAAAAAAUAAUUUCUGUUUAAAAUACAGAUGAUAUCAACUACAAAAACUAAUUUAAUUUCAAAUUACAAUUAUUUCCAUAAUAAUAUGGUAUCCAUUUGUAAGAAAUGUAAAAUCAGAUUAUAACAGUAUAAGAAAAUAUAGAAAAUGAAAUACAGGAAAUGCAUCAUCAGAUUCAGCAAUCUUUAUAAAAUAUUUUGGAUUACUCUACAUUGCCAAAACAAAAUAUGUAGAGUUUUACCUUAAAUAGUUCAAAUAACCAACCUCUUUCAGCUCAUUUCGCUAUGCAGCAAGAAGAAACUUUCAAUAAUAAUUCUAAAGAAUAGAAUGUUAAUUUAAACUUAUAAAAUAAAUAAUAGUCAUCAUCUUCAUCCAGAUAAUUAUAGCCAACAUAACAAGUUGCAUAUAAUAGAUCUGUAUCUCAGGGAUUACCACCUCCCUCGCAUAGUAGUAGCAGUAAAUAAUAAACAAAGAGCUAAUCAAAUAGGAUUUCAUAAUAAUUAAACAGCUCAUUUUAAAGUGAAACAACAUAUAAAAAUUUAGCAGAAUAUUAACCAAAUAUUAUGAAUACUUAGCAGUCUCGUAGAAAGGAAACUCAUUUAUUAUCUAGGAGCUAUGCUUCGUCGUCAUCUCCUAAAGAGCAUUCGCCAUAUAAGAGUGAUUCAAGAUAAAAUACAAGUCAUAGCUUACAAAACAAAUAAGGUUAAAAUGAGCAGUCUAAUUAAAAUUUAAAAGGAACAGUUAGUUAUACACCAAACUUUUCAGUUGACACAGAUAACUUUUCUAUAAACCCCAUAAGCAAUAUAUUAGCUCAUAAUAAUGUAAUUAGAGAUAUGGUAAGUGUGGGCAACAAUAAAAUAGCAACAUGUUCUUAUGAUAGCAUAAUUAAAAUUUGGAAAAAGAAUAAUUCUUCUUUGAUCCAAGAGCUAAAAGGCCAUACAGAUGAGGUUUAUUAAUUGUCAUACUCAAAUAAACAUAAUCUUCUUGCUUCUUCUUCAUACGAUAAAACGAUUCGUAUAUGGAAAGAAUAUUCAGAAUGGAAGCAACUCGUCACAUUAAGAGGACACACUGGCAAAACUUGGGCUGUCAAAUUUAUUGAUGUUACUAAUAAAUUAGCAACAGGAGGUAAUGAUAGGAUAAUAAGAAUAUGGAACAUUUUUAAUGGUGAAUGUGAGAGCCUUUUAGAAGGUAGCUAAGAUACGAUAUGGAGCUUGCAUGUUUUAAAUGACGGAAUCAGAUUAGUCAGUGGUGAUAAUAAAUAUAUUAAAUUUUGGGAUCACAAAGCUGGAAAAGUUUUAAAAAGUUUAUAAGCUCAUGAAGACAGGAUUUAUUAAUUGAAAGAAUUAUGUUGGCAGAAGAACUCUAAGUAAUCAUUCUUAAUUUCAAGUGGCAUGGAUAAAAAAGUGAAAGUAUGGAAUAUUAAAAACUAUGCUCUCCUUUACAGUUUUGCAGAAUAAAUGAUAGUGACUAGUAUAGAGACUAUUAUAGAUAGAAAUAUUAUUGUGUUAGGAUUAUGGGGAGAUAAAAAGGAAGGCGGAAUAGCCUUCUGGUAUGUUCCUUUGGAAUAGUCAGUUAAAGAAAACUAAAAUUAUGGUUAGUAGCCUUUAAAAAUUAAAGAUUAUAUGGGUACUUAUUCUGGAGUCAGCUAACUUAUUUAUGACUCUGAUCUUUAAAAUUUAUAUACUUCUCACUCUAAUGGUUAAAUAUAAAUUUUAGGUUUGAAAUGGAGGUGA